UUGGUCAUCCUCAUCUUCAUCCUCAUCUUCAUCCGUUGUCGUUGUCGUUGUCGUUUUCGUUGUCGUUGUCGUUGUCGUCGUUGUGAUCGUAACGGUGGCAAACUCGCUGUCCGAAAAUUCAAAAAUAGCUAAGGCGUGUUAGUCAGUGCGACGAUGUCGACGGGGAACGACGACGGUUCGGCGGUAAGAUUCGGUCGGUGGUGUUGGUGCUGGCGAAGAAGAAGGCGGAGUAGUAAUAGCAUAACUACGGCUGGCUCCUUCUUCUCCUCUUCGUUAAUAUCCUUAAAAACGAUGUUAAUCAUUUUGACGGUUUUCCUCGCGUUAACGGGAACGAUCGGUCGCGUCGACGCCGUCGCAAGGACGAAACAACAUGACGAUACUUCAGGAUCUCGGGGUGGUAGUAAGACCGGUGGUGCUAACAAGGACGGGGAAUCUGUGAUCGAAGAAGUUACUGCCAAACAACUCGAGAGAAUCCUUAAUGAUAAGGAUUUCGUUGCUGUGUUUUGGUAUGCGAGAAGUUGUACGACCUGCGACAAAGUAUUAGCUGAAUUGGAAAAAAUAGACGAUGACACGGAUCACUUUGGAGUCGAUUUUGUUAAAAUCAACGAUAAAAGAGUUGCGAAACAGUAUGGAAUUAAAAAUUUCCCUGCCCUCACGUAUUUCCGUGAAAAAGAACCUAUCAUAUACGAUGGAGACUUGAUGGACGAAGAAAACGUUUUAGAUUUUCUUACAAGUUUAGAGGCAAUGGAUUUACCAGAUCGGAUAGAAGAAGUAAAUGCUAAAAUUCUGGAUAAAAUUGUCGAGGAUACGGAUUUCGUGGCGGUUCUUUUCUGUCCUGAUACGCAGCGGUGUGCUGGCGCCGGUUCUAACAAGCCAGACUGCAAGAAAUGCUUGAAGGCACUUCAAGAAUUGGAAAAUAUCGAUGACGAGGCUGAUCAAUUGGGUAUUGGUUUUGUCAAAAUUGCUGAUGAACAGCUUGCUGAAGAAUAUAAUCUUGGACCCUUACCGGCUCUAGUUUAUUAUAGACAUCAAAUUCCAAUCAUCUACGAACACGAAUUAAGCAAAGAGGAAGACGUAUUGGAAUGGUUAGUAGCAAAUAAAAGUACAGGCGAUGAGGAAGACGUCAUCGAAGAUGUUACAUCAAAAACGUUGAACACAUUGAUUGGAAACAUCGAUAACCUGGUCGUUUUAUUUUACGAUCAUGGUGACGAGGAUUCGAUGCAAGUAUUGAACGAGCUUGAAAAAAUAGAUGACGAUUUGGACAAACAUGGGAUACAAUUUGUCAAGAUCGACGAUGAAAAAGCAGCGAAGGAGUUCGGUUUAGAUUAUGUACCAGCGAUUGUAUAUUUUGAAAAGCAAAUACCAAAUGUUUAUGACGGCGACGUCGAAAACGAGGAUGAGAUAUUGGAAUGGUUGUUAUCGCAAUUGGAAAAGGAUGAGAUAGAAGAUGUUACCGACGAGAUGUUAGAUCGUUUGAUAAAAGAUGGAAAAACAUUGGCCGUUCUAUUUUAUGACAACAACGAUCGAAAGUCACAAAGGAUUUUAAACGAAUUGGAAAACAUUGAUGACGAGUGCGAUCAAUUGGGUGUUACAUUUGUUAAGAUUGAUAAUGUCGAAGAAGCAAAGGAGUAUGGUAUCGAGAAAAUACCAACUAUGCUUUAUUUCGAAAAAGGAAUACCAACGUUGUACGAGGGUAACUUGGAGGACGAGGAGAAGGUAUUGAAGUGGUUGGAACAACAACAGAAGAGCGAACAAAUAGAGGAUAUCACCAACGAGGUGUUAGACAUGAUUAUUGAAAAAAUGCCGCACGUAGCCGUACUUUUUUACGACAAAGAUCAAAAGAAAAGUCAAAAGGUCCUUGGCGAGUUGGAAAAUAUUGACGACGAUUGCGAUCAACAUAAUAUAGCCUUUGUCAAGAUUCAUGAUUUAGAUGAAGCUAAGGAAUAUGGGAUUGAAAAUCUUCCAACAUUGGUUUUCUUUGAAAAAAGAAUACCUCACGUUUACGAAGGCGAUCUAAUGAACGAAGAUCAAUUAUUGGGAUGGUUAUUACAUCAGAAAAAACAUACCGAGAUACCUGAAGUUACGGAUGAGAUGAUGGAAAAGCUUAUUGAAACUUCGCCGUAUCUUGCUGUCCUUUUUUAUGACAAAGAUGACAAGCAGGAUAUACGUAUUCUAAACGAAUUAGAAAAUAUCGACGAUGAACUCGAAAAGGAAGGCAUCGUUAUCAUUAGAAUGGAUAAUGAUGCUGAGGCAAAGGAGUAUGGUAUCGAUCAUCUUCCUACUUUAGUUUAUUUCGAAGAUAAGAUUCCAGCUAUUUACGAAGGUGAUCUUCUCAACGAAGAUGAAGUUUUGGAAUGGUUGAUCGAACAGAAAAACACUGCCACGAUCGAAGAGGUCACGGAUGAAAUUCUAACCGAUCUCAUAAACGAACACGAAUAUGUUGUGGUGUAUUUUAGUGGAAGCUGCGACGAAGGUGAAAGCUGCGAUAACGUUCUCUUAGAAUUAGAAAAUAUCGAUGACGAAUUAGACGAAGCUGGUAUAAUUUUCGUGACGACGGAAGAUAUGCCACUUGCCAAAAAAUAUGGUAUUAAAAACUUCCCAACUUUGGCUUUCUUCAGAAACAAAGAACCUUUGAUAUAUCCUGGUGAUCUUGAUGACGAGGACGAAGUUCUCUCUUGGAUCACUGACGAAAAUACACUGGAGAUACCAGGGAAAAUCGAGGAAGUUAAUACCAAACUGUUGGAAAAUAUUUUGGAUGAGAACGAUUAUGUUGUUGUUUUCUUUUAUAAGGAAGGUGACAAAAAGAGUCAGAAAAUGCUUCAAGAGUUAGAAAACAUUGACGACGAGUGCGAAGAGAAGAAUAUCGAUUUUGUUAAAAUAUCUGACGAGGGCAUUGAAAAGGAAUACGAUUUACCUGGGCUACCAGCUCUUGCAUUUUACAGGCACAAAUUUCGUCAGUUUUAUACAGGAGAUAUGAUGCACGAGGAAGCUAUUUUAGAUUGGUUAUUAGAUCUACGAAGUUCAACGCCCGAUGUUAUCGAGAGCGCUGAUAGGAAAACAUUACAAAUGCUUAUUAACGAUGUAGAACAUCUCGCUGUAUUUUUCUACGAUGAUGAUUGCGAUACCUGUGCAGAAAUAUUGGAGGAAUUAGAAACGAUUGACGAUGAUACAGAUAAGCACGGGAUACAGUUCGUUAAAUCGAACGAUGCUAAAUUGGCAGCCGAAAUCGGUGUCUUCUCCUUUCCAGCAUUGAUUUACUACGAGACCGGUGUUCCAAUCAUGUACGACGGUAAUCUUCUCGACGAAGCUGAAGUUCUCGAUUGGAUGGUGAAACAGAAAACCGACGAGAGCAUCGAGGAGAUUGAUCGAGAGACUCUAAUGAAGUAUAUUGAUACGAAGGAAUUUCUCGCAGUUAUUUUUUACAAAGAAGAAGAUCCAGAAACUCCACGAGUACUCAGGCACGUCGAGUUGAUCGACGACGAAGCUGCUGAGUAUGGAAUCAAAAUAGUUCGUAUGAAGGAUCGUUUAAUGGCGAAAAAAUAUGGUUAUCGUAACCCACCUGGUAUAACAUAUUUCCGAAAAGGUAAAAGUACGAAUUACGAUGGUGAUAUAGACGACGAGGAAGAGAUUCUUGAUUGGUUAACCGAUCCUGAUAACAUGGAAUUAACGGAUCACAUUGAAAGAAUUAAUAAGAAGAUGUUUCAUAAAAUACGUCAAUCUACUGACUACUUGGCUGUAUUUUUUUACAGCACCGACUGUAAACAAUGUAGUAGAGUUCUGGCAGAGAUCGAGCACAUCGACGAUGAAGCUGAUAAUGCCGGAAUCAAAUUUGUAAAGAUCGACGACAAGGAACUUGCCAAACAUUACGGAGUAUUUGCAUUACCAGGAAUCCUCUUUUUUAAGCUGACAUCGAAAGAACCGGUGAUAUUCGCUGGAGAUCUCUACGACGAAGAACAAAUCUUGCAAUGGUUAAUGACGCAAAAGGAUCCAUCGGGAGAAGCAAUCGAAGUUUUGGAUGGUGAAGAACUUCUGAAUCUAAUUCGAGAAUCGGAAUCCUUGGCCGUAUAUUUCUGGAACAGAACGCUUUGCGACAUGUGUCAAGCAAAAAUGCAUCGCAAGCAGACACGGCACAAGGAGCACAGGAUCAACGAACACGAGACAACCGAGGAUGCUGACGACAUUGACAAUUGUGAACAAUGUACCGGGAUCUUAGAAGAAUUAGAAAAUAUUGACGACGAUUGCGACAGACAUGGUAUCACUUUUAUAAAGACACAGGAUCAUAAAGUGGCAGAGGAUUAUGGCGUUACUGAUUUUCCAGUUCUCGUUUAUUUUGAAAAUCAAAUACCCAAUGUAUUCGAAGGUGACUUGGCCGUAGAAGAGGAAGUAUUACAAUGGCUAAUCACACAGAAAACUGAAGAUCGCAUCGAAUUGAUAACUCGUAUUAUGUUGGAAGGCUUUGUCGAAGAAACACAAUAUCUUGCCGUUUAUUUCUACAAACAAAAUUGUCAUAUAUGCGACGAAAUAUUAGAAGGUUUAGAAAGAAUCGACGACGAAUGUGACGUCUUUGGUAUACACUUGGUUAAGAUUCAAGAUCCACAACUAGCGAAAAGAUAUUCCAUUAAAACUUUUCCUGCUCUAGUUUACUUUCGUAAUGGCAAUCCUCUUUUGUUCGAAGGUGAUCUACAAAAUGAGGAAUCAGUUUUAGAAUGGUUGAUCGACGAUGAAAAUCGUGAAUUGGCUGAUGAGAUUGAAUCCGUCAACGAAAGGAUGUUAGAGAGAUUAUUGGAUGAGUCGCCAUUUUUGGCGGUCUUCUUCUACGACGAGGAUUGUGCUGAAUGCAAUGAAAUUAUGGAAGCAUUGGAGAAGAUCGACGGCGAGGCCGAUCUUUUUGGCAUCGAUUUUGUUAAGAUAUCGAGUACCGAAACUGCUGAGAAAUAUAAUAUCAUGAAUGUACCAUCCUUGGUAUAUUUUCGUAAGAGAACACCUCUUAUUUACGACGGCGAUCUCACCCAAGAGGAUAAAAUUUUACAAUGGCUUACUUCCCAAGAUGUUUUUGAGAUAAAGAAUGAAAUCGAGGAAGUUAACAAGAAGAUGCUCGACAAAUUGUUAGAUGAAAAUGAAUUCCUCGCAGUCUUCUUUUAUGAAUACAACAAUACGGAGAGCGAGAAAGUCCAUGAAAAAUUAGAAACGAUCGAUGGUGAAACGGAUAAUUUAGAUAUAACAUUUGUAAAGAUGGCUGAUCCAAGAUACGCUAGAAAAUGGGGUGUCACUAAGCUUCCAGCUAUCGUUUACUUUCGUAAACGUUUUCCCAGCAUUUACCGAGGUGAUCUUCACAAAGAAAAUGAAGUUCUCGAGUGGCUUCGCAAAAACAGAUACCGUCAACCAGAAUUAAAUAUCUACAUGUAUAUACUAAUAGCAACUACGGUGGUCUUCGCGAUGUACACUGGUUUCCUGCUUUCAUAUUUCUGAUCGGAAUCAUCGAUGCUAUCCAAUGGCUCAUCCAAAACAACCUUGAAAAAUGUAUUCUGUCGAUAUCUGAAAAUAAUUAAAAAUGAAAAUAGUAUGAUUUAAGCCGAUAAGUAAAAAUAAAAAAAAAAUUAAUAAUAAUAAUAAUAAUAAUAAUAAUAAUAAUAAUAAUAAUAAUAAUAAAAUAAAAAUAAAGAGAGAAAAAUAAUUAAGAAGAGACGAUUAAGAUAAACGUUUAGGGAGAAAAAUAGAAAGAAAAUGAAUGAAUGAAUGAAUGAACGAAUGAACGAAUGAACGAACGUAAGAAUAAUAAAAACAUAUAGUAAAGCUUAUAAUGAACGAUUUUAUGAUUGUAUGGAAUGAAAUAUUGAAUGACGAAUGUGCACAAAAGUUUACUUUCAAAAGUAAAAAAAAAAAAAACGUUCGACUUCUCUCGACUCGAUAAUAAUAAAUAAAAAAAAAAAAAAAAAAAAAAUAAUAAUAAUAAUAAUAAUAAUAAUAAUAAUAAUAUCAUAUUGGAAGAUGAGAUCGAUGCACUCUCUCCAUAUGCCGGUGAUUUUGAUUAUCAUCUCACCGUAUUAUUUGCCCUGCUAAAAAUUUCCAUCUAUUGCAUCACUAUGAUAUAGCACAUAGCACAUAAGAAAGGCAUUGUGAAUCAUCUUAGUAGAUUUGUUCGAUAGAGAUCGUUUCAUGUAUCGAACGUUUAAACGUUUAAAAUGCAAAGCAAAAAAAAAAAAAAUAAAAAAUAGAAAAAAAAUCAACAAAAACUCCUAAAAAAGAAAAACCAAAAAAAAAAAAAAAACCAAAAAGAAAAAAAAAAGAAAAGAAACAAAAAAAAGAGAGAUCUUUCCAUGGAAAUUAAAUAAUUAAUGCGGACCACUGGAACAUUCCUAAGAGAGAAAAGAAAAACGAAGAGAGGAAAAAAAAAGAAGGAAAAAAAAAAACAAGAUAACAGAUAGUACGAACCUUAUUAUCUUGGAUUCUUAUAAUAACGCUUGAAUUGAGACGGUGAUUAUGAGAGUGGUCUGUGAAUUAUUUGAUAUAUUAAACGGGCUAUAUUUCCUACGGGUGAUUCUUGAAAAUUACAGAAAAGAAUUAAUUUUUCUCCGGAAAAAAAAAAAAAAAAAAAAAAAAAAAAAUA